GUGCCCGCCGCACCUUCAGACCCUCACUCAUAAAGGUUCGUCGAAAAUAAUUGGCGAAAAGACUGGAUCUUUAUCUGCAGCGAGGUGCUUUUGGAGGAGGAUAGGCAGGAUUCAGACAUCCAGCAGGAGAUGGGGCUCAAGAAGCCGCAGCCGGCGCCGGAGCCGGAGCCGGAGCCGCAGGUGCUAGUGCCGCCCGUCUUCGACUUCCCUCCCUUGGCCGCCCGCACCAGGAUGUUGGUCCCGGCAUAUGAGCUCAUGUUCGGGAAGCUCGCGCGACGCAGCCUCUUUGAUGACUAUUUCCAUUCUGGGGGAGUGGACGCGCAUAUUGUGUUGAAGCAGUUGGGAGAUUCUCAUGCUCAUCUGAAUGCCACUAUGUCGACAAAUGGGGGGGAAGCUCACUUUCGAUGGCAGAGGGAUUUGAACGACCCCCAUACAUUUGUGGACUUACUUGUGUCAACUUUGAAACCUACAAUGCGGCUGUCUUCAAGCGUUUACUAUCCCAAGUAUGGUAUUGGCGCCUUUGGGACGUUCCCUUUGAAUAUGGCAAACAGAGCAUGCUCAGCAGAUUAUGGCGUCAUGGGUUUAAGAUAUGGUUCAGAGAAUCUAUCAAUUGGGGCCUCCUUCGUCCCAUUUCCUUCGCCUGGUGAGGUACCCUACGAUGCAUGGUUGGCUGGGAGAAAAGGGAAUUUAAGUGCAGGCGUACAAUACAAACCACUAGGUGGAAGCAAGCAUCCUAUGCCUUUUACAGACUUGAAGAACUGGAAUUUUGCAAUCGGUUAUGGUCUGGGCUCAACUAGCCCACUCAGCCCUUCAUUUACUUUUGCACUAGAGCUCAUUAGAAGUUCACAGCUGGUUGCAUCAUUCUAUCAGCACCAUAUUUCUGGAAAGGAACUAAAGUAUCGGGGUGAACCUGAUAUUUUUGGAACUUUAAACUACAUUGAUCUUGGACUUGAGCUGGCCACAAGGGUGGAUAAAGACAAACCAACAGACGAUGUUGGCAAUUCCUCGUUUCAGGUAGCUGCAAGUUGGCAGCUCAAUACUGAUUUACUUGUAAAGGGGAAGUUAGGCCCCUCCAAGUCUUCUGCAGCAUUGGCAUAUAAGUUUCCACCCUUCUUUACAUGUAGUGUCACAGUUGAAAAUGAUCAUUUGAAAGGUACGAGAUCGUAUGGAUUGGGAAUUGGUGUUGAGGAUUUCAGAGAGCCCAGAUGCCAAACACUUGAUCAAGAUUGUAAGGUGUUGAAACAACAUGGGAUGGACGUCGAUGGAAAGGAGCGUGUCCUCGAGUUUGACUUUGGUCCUGGCAACUAUGACAAUUUACCAACGGGGUUGAAGCCUAUCGACAAAAUAUUGUAAUUGUAUAAGCUCUUACACUUAUUUUCUGGGCCUGUAGUCGGAAAGCCCAUAUAAACUAUAGUUACUAAGGGAAUUAGAUUAGUUGACCCACUACUUUGAUAAGGACAAUCAUGUGAUGAGACGAACUGUCAUUUACCUUGAAAUACAAUGUAAAUACAAUGUUCUUGUACGCAGUUGUCUAUCAAAUGUUCUAGAAGUAGUUCUUUAA